AUGGAGAUGGAAGAAGAGAAGGAUCUACCUCUGCUAUUGGGAACCCCAUUCCUUAGCACAGUUGGCGCUUCAAUAGACUUUCACAAGCAAGAAGUGAUUCUUCACAAGCGCUCAAAAAGAAGGGGAGGAUGCAGCCUCAAAGGCACUUGUGGGAGAGAAAAGAAAGACCCACCAGCUCAGGUUUCCUCAGCCAAGCCAUCUCAGCUCACUAUGACCUUGUUCCCCACCAAGUUUGAAAAUGGAAAGAUUGAGUACAAGAUAAGGUACAAAGGGAGAUCAAGACCAUUCUCUAGAGCCAAGGCCUUGGUCACUUCAGAGCAGUCCAGGGAUCCAACCAAGCUAAAGGAGCUCUAUCCAAGUCCUCACUAUCACCCUUGA